UGAUAUUUCCACUACAAAAAUGCAAAGCUUGUUUUCCAGAUUUGAGAUUUUUGGCCACGGCACUUAUUACCCCUUUCCUGCCUUUCUCUCCCACCCUCGCGCUCCUCAGACAUCUGGAAGGUGCCACGGUGACCGUCUCUUUCCAGAACCGCUGCUCUUAGGAUGGGAUUGGACUUGUUUAGGAGGCUUCGACCCACUUGCCGUCUGCUUUAGAUCCUGAACGUCGGGCAUUUGGAUCCUUGAGAGUGCAUUGAGGUUUCUUUGGAUGUCCAGUGGCUGCGGUUUGAUUUAGUUCUGUCUGGACCUCUCGACAUAUUACCAGAAAUCCAGAGCUGGGAGGAAAAUCCUAUUUGGCCCGAGUAAAAGUGUUCAAGCCCGGAAGCGAUGGGUCACCGGUGCGGCCUGUUGGAGUUGGUGUUACUGGUGCUUCUGGGCUGCACGUUUGUGCGAGGUCAGGGAGAAACACACCUGGAGAUUCACCUGCCUGAGGAGGAAGACGUGGAAAUGGACGGAGAGGAGGAAGACUCGACCGGAGCCGUGACCAAUCCAAAAGUAAAAAUAUCUUGUCCGGAAAAGUGCAGCUGCACAGUGGAGGGAUCGGUGGACUGUAACGGAGUCAGUCUGAAUGAAUUCCCAGAAGAGUUAUCAGAACACACCCGUCAGCUCUCUUUGCAGAAUAACCUUAUCACAGAGGUCACACUGGAACAUCUUUCACAUCUGCAGCAACUGGAGACGCUGAACCUGCAGAACAAUCGUCUUACAACACAAGGUCUUGACGACGAAGCGUUUCAUAUUCUGGAAAGGCUGAGUUAUUUAUACUUGGCAAAUAAUAAGCUCACAGCCGCUCCCAGACAGCUGCCGGCUUCUCUGGUCAGUGCUGACUUCGCUGCUAACCACCUCACCAAAAUCUACCCCGAGACUUUCGGCCAAAAGCCAGCUCUGAAGUCAGUGUAUCUUCAUAACAACAAGCUUACGGAUGCCGGGCUACCGGAGAACAUGUUUAAUGGAUCCGAUAACCUUGAAAUCUUCAUUAUGUCCAGUAAUUUCCUCCGCUAUGUUCCCAAGGGUCUGCCCAGGGCCCUCUACCGCUUACACUUGAAGAAUAACAAGUUGGAGAAGAUUCCCUCGGGUGCGUUCGAUAAUUUGUUUCAUCUUCGAGAGCUCUACCUACAAAACAACGUCUUGAGUAAUGAUGGCGUCGACAACGAGACCUUCAGCCUUUUGAACAGUCUGGAAUAUCUUGAUCUGUCCAACAACAAUCUAACUGCGGUUCCCCUCGGACUCCCUCGAAAUCUCAUCCUGCUCCACCUGGAGAAAAAUUCCAUCCAGGGCAUCGGGGCCAACGCUCUGACGCCCAUCCGUAACCUGGAAUACCUCCUCCUCCACAACAACAAGCUCCGCUCUCGCUUAAUCCAUCCAUCCGCCUUUCACGGCCUCAAACGUCUGCACACUGUCCACAUGUACAACAACCUCCUGGAGAGAGUUCCCCGCGGCCUCCCACGGCGAGCCAAGACCCUCAUGCUUCUUCACAAUAUCAUCAGCGAGAUCGGACGCAACGACCUGAUCACGCUUUACACGCUGACGGAGCUCAACCUCAGUUACAACCACCUCACCAGCGCCAAGCUGCACAGAGAGGCCUUCAGGAAACUCAGGCUUCUGGAGACCUUAGAUCUGUCGGGGAACCGGCUGCAGACGCUUCCCAUGGGACUUCCUAAGAGCCUGCACGUUCUGAAGGUGAAGGACAAUCAGAUGACAGAGAUCCCGGAGGGGUCGCUGUCGGGGAUGAGCAAACUGAAGGAGCUCAAUGUAGCCAACAAUCAGCUGAAGUUGAACUCCAUCUACCAGGGAGCGUGGCAGGAGCUGAGCGCCCUCACGACGCUGGAUCUGUCAGUUAACAUGCUGUCACACAUUCCUGCCGACCUGCCCGAGUCUCUGGAGUAUCUUCAUCUGCAGAACAACAGAAUCAGUACAAUCACAGCAACAGCCUUCAUCAACACACCCAACAUCAGAGGAAUCUUCCUCAGAUUUAAUCGACUCUCAGUCCAUUCGGUGUCCGAGGAGUCUUUUUCUCACCUGUCUAAGCUUCAGGUGCUGGACAUCGGCCACGGCAACAUUUCUCCUAAUCGAGGGCAGGAAGAUGAAGAGGGGGAUUUGCCGUAUGGAGAUGAUGAAGAGACGGAUGUAUGAGUCAGCCGAGAAAGAUUUUCCCAAGAAUAACAACCAGAGUUGUUGAAUGAUCAGAUUGUGAGCUGGUUAUUGCUGCUUAAGGGACAGUUUACUCAAAAUGAAAAUUCAUAGGUGGUUGAGACCGUUCUUUCAGAAUCAUAUGGCUGCUCUGUUGCAUACGAUAAAAACUAUAUUUGUGGGUCAAUUGUUCUUCAAGCCUGUGCAUGUAACUACUGCAUUCAUUUUUCAACAAGCCACCUGACUCUCUAAAACCAAAGUCUCAACACAACAUCCGGUGCAUAAGAAAAUAUCUAAGAGCCCACUUUAAAUUGUGCUUUAUGCUAAUGUGAAUUCAGAUUAAGGGGGAAAGCUUGGAUAUAAAAAUGGUGCAGGAUACCAGAAAAGCAUAUAUUUUGUGUUUUGUUCAUGUUUGUUUUGCAGCUCACUCAUUAAUACUUACCGAUGUUUAUGCUUCUCACAAACGUCUCCAUUAAAGUUUCAGAAAAGUCAAUAUUAUUAAAGAUCUCAAUAUGAACUCAAACAUUUCUCAUCAAAUUGACCCAAAUCCAUAUUAGUUUACUUCUUAAUGCAUUUUCUCAAUUGUUUCAUUUGCUUCUUAUUUCGUUGUAUAUAAAGGGCCACAUAACUGCAAGUGGAAAUGUUCAUAUUUUGGUGAACUUUUGAAGCAUGCUUUAUGUUUAGCAAGCUGUGCUUUGUUUUAGAGCUCUUCUAUGGUGACGUGCAGGUUUUUCUAGGAAAACCUUAAUCAGGAAUUCACAGUAAUGAGCUCAUAUGAACCAGCCAGAGUGUUUAAACUUGACAGCUCAACGAGUUCCUGGAAAGAUUUUAGUUGAAUUCGCUUCAUGUCUAUACUAACAAUUUGUGAUGGAAAACACAAAUGUGACAGAUGCAUCCCACAGAGCCAACUGUCAUUUGCUUGUUUGUUCAUUCUUUAAAACAAGAUUUCAAGUUUGCGAGCUUUCAGACUGAUCCUCACACAAAGCUUCCUCUAACAUGUUUUGAAAGCAGAUGUUGUGCUGAUAAAAAAACAAAGAGUAAACACAAACAACAUAUCAUUCUGCAGUCUCAGUUGUGCAAUCUUCAGAACAGCACUUUAUCAUACUACUCUUACUAUUCUGCAGUAUGUGGGUAUGUAAUGCAUAAAAUAUGGAAAUGACCUACAGCACUACGCAGAAUACAGUAUCCCACAAUGCAAUGCCUUUCUAUCUUCUGCUGGUAAAGGUUACAGUCAACAGCUCUUGUUUCGGCUCAUUAUUUUAUCGCUGAGGCACUUGUGUACAAUAAUCAUUUUGUUUGAUUUUACAGUUGACAUCUGCAAUGUUGCACAAUACACAUACACAUUUUUAAAUAUGGCAAUAUUAGAUACAUAAGAAUAUCAAAAUCUCACUGUAUGAUAAUACAUGUGAAAUCCAUGGUACGGAAUUUCUAUGAC